AUGGGUGGACGGAACAGUCAUUGCCUGUGCGAUGUAGACGAAGUGGAUGGUGAUAACAGCGCCAACUUCUUGGAAGAGAAGGCCUCUGGGCCGAGCGAAGUCCGGCCGCUCUUCACAUACGAGAAUGGCGCGACCUAUCACGGAUCCUGGAUGGGGGAGUUGCGACAUGGUCACGGAGAACAGAUGUGGCCUGACGGAGCCCGCUAUUGUGGUGAGUGGGUGAUGGACAAAGCCCAUGGCCAAGGCCGCUUUGAGCAUGUGGACGGCGAUGUCUACGAAGGCCAGUGGCAGGCAGACAAGGCACAUGGACAGGGCAUGUACCAACACGCAGAUGGCUCUCGCUAUGAAGGACAAUGGAAGGAGGACAAACAGCACGGCAAAGGCAUCGAACUCUGGCCUGAUGGUGCCAGAUACCAAGGCGAAUACUUGGAGGGCCGGAAAAAUGGUCAUGGCAGCUUCAGCUGGGCAGACCGAUCCAGCUAUGAGGGUGGCUUUCGUGACAACGAGAUCAAUGGCGAAGGUCUCUACAUUUGGGGCGAUGGCCGAAGAUACCAAGGUCAGUGGGUUAACAAUCGGAUGCAUGGCCAUGGCGUGUUUACUUGGGCAGACGGCCGCAUGUACGAAGGGCAAUACAAGGAAGAUUCGAAAGAUGGACAUGGUGUGUUCUCCUGGCCGGAUGGACGGAAAUACGAUGGACAAUGGCGGGAUGGCAAGCAGCACGGCACCGGCUCCUAUGUCAGUCUUGCACAGGAGAAGAAGCAAGGAGUGUGGGAAGACGGACGACGCGUGAGAUGGUUGGAAGAUAACGCUCCAGUUGCUUGA